AUGUCCGACCGCACUAACCUCCCUUCCAAUGAAGAGACCAACCCUUCACACGGCAAACUCUUCAUCACAGUCAGUCCCCCUAUGGACUUUGAGCCUGAACUCAAUUUCCAAGUCCCCAGCCGCUGGAGUUUCGUCGCUCUCAACCCCAUGGGCAACCACUGGCUCACCGCUCAAGGUCGUCAGAAUGUAACUCGCUACACCCUUAUAAAGUAUGACGCUCCCCCCGCCGAGGUUAGGUUUUUUGAGGUUGCCAGCAUUCCGGUUUCUCAACUAGGUGAUGUUAGAGCUCGGGUUCUUUCCGUAUUGCCUGAGGAAAAUCCCCAGGGCGAGGACGAGUUCAAUCGCCAGCAUGUGCGUGAUAUCUUGAAGAACCUGGUUGACGGUGGUAUCAUUUGCGAGGACCAGGCUACUGAUGCUUUGCUGGCGGUUGAGGCUAGUGCCCAACUUCAGUUAGAGGCAUCUUGA